AUGAUUGAAGCUUUAAAAGGGCAUAUAGAAGAAGAGACUACUGGAAAUGUAACCCCAUACUUUACACCAGAAACACCAGCAACUUCGAGUUAUAUGCCGAUGCAUGAAUCUACUAAAAGGAAGAAGAAGUUGGGUAAAGGGAUAGCUAAAUUGGGAAAAGGCUUUAGUAAAUUGAUGGGUAAACUUAAAAGCAAGUCAAGUGGCAGUAGUGAAGAGAAAGUAAUUCGCCUUGGAAGAAAAUGA